CAUAUGGCCAUGGGGGCAUAGACGUUGAUCAUGAAUAUGCUGAGUGCCAUGACCGGGGGUGGUAUUUUACCAGAGGUCUCCCCCCCGCUGUCCCCCGUCGUCCUCCCCCUCUUCCGAGAUGUACGUGGAUCAGUACAACGUUCUCACCGCAAGACGCUGUUUCCAGUCCAGCGACAGGCAGUCCUCCUCAGCAAUGCCCCUGUCUUCCCUCUGGGACUCCCACUCUUCCCGCUCCUUCUCGGACUGCCACUCCUCCCAGUGGAUGCUCUCCGAUAUCUCCUCGUCUUCCCCCUCCUCCUCCCCAGCCGGAUCCCCUCCAUACCCCCCCACCGUCGCCGUAUCAUACCGCUCAUCCAUGGAUCACUCCCCCGACUAUCACCCCUCCCCCCACCGCACACUCGUCUCCCACCCACCACCCUUCUCGCGAAAUCACGCGCAUCCAUCCAGGUCUAUCAAUCACUCCCUGGGCUCGCAAUGGGUUUCCGCUGGCUUGUACACCCUCGAUCAUCCAGAUGCGUCAAACUCCGAACUUCCCCCUCCAUCCACAACCCCUACCGCUUCCCCUUCUCCACGUCCCCUCUCCUCCGCCACUUCUCCCUCCAUCUCCAAAUCAGACCACUUCAAAUCGGACGAGGAAUCCGUCUCGUCAGAUUGCUUCGUCAUGGAGUUCUCCGGCUCCGGCUCUGCCAGUGCAAGCAGCGCCCUCGCGCCUCCCACAGAGGUCCCCCUCCGCGCAACUCAGGCCAGCAAGGCCAUGCGCAAGAUGAUGGGCGUCUUCCGCCUAAACCCCUUCUCGAUGCACGACAGCUCUUGUCAGUCAGCAACCACCUGGACUGGCGAGGAGGCAGGCCCCCUCGAAGAGGAACCACAGAUGUUCGAGUUCCAGCUUCACAUCCCCGGGUGCGAAGAUUCCCCCACCGAAUCCGACACCCUCGCCCCCCCUUCUUUGCACAAUAUGUCCGAAAACGACGUGGAUAACAGUGCAGCGAGCAUCGGUUGGGCGGAGGGCAACGAUGCGUCUCUCUCCCACUACUCAUCCAACACGCUGUCUCAGCCAUCGUGGUUCGGGUCAGACUCGCCCCAGUCUCAUACCCUACCUUCACUGCGUCCUUACAGUCCCCACCAUAUCCCUCACUCCCCAUCGCUCUCUUCAUCCUCCUCCCGCCGCACUCCCUUGGACAUGGCUGUCUCAGAGUACCCGUCGGCCUACGGUUUGUCCGCCUCUGUAAACUGUACAUCUUCAGUCGAUAACCUUCCCUCGAUAUCCUCGAUGGCAAGGCGGUGGUCUAAUCCCACAAACAUUCAGGCUUCCUUCAUGUUAUAGACAUCCUUAGGUGCGUCUGAAUAUCCUACAUUUUGGAAUAUGAAACGCUUGCCCCAACUUCUCCCCAGACGCGCAUAUACUCUUGUUUUUGUGCUCGACGCUCAGGCCAAGUGUUAUUUGGCUUGAGGUUCGGGAACAAUCAUUCGCUGACUCGGCCCGAUCGCUUACUAUCGCUUUUUGUGACUUUCAAAAUCAUAUUCAUGACGGAUAAGGAAUCCAGCCGACCGUGCACCCAGUACUCAUACACGAUACACCAUACCCUUUUCCAAUCGGACUCGGCUCGCAAUCCCUUUUUUCUGAAACCUUUUUUUUCUUUCUUUCCGGGUUGGACUGGAUGGGGGUGGAAGGGGGACACGUAAACAAUAACUAUAUUCAACGAGAUGAACGAGAUGUCUGUCCGUAGAACCCGACUUAAGUUUAGAUUAAUACUGCG